AGGAGGAGAACCAGCUGACGGGAGAACCACACACACACACAAGAAGAGAGACACCAUGGCGGCGGAGAUCCAUUCGAGGCCCCAGACCGCCAGACCCGUCCUCCUGAACAAGAUCGAGGGCCACUCGGACGCCGUGAACGCGGCCGUCCUCAUCCCCAAAGAGGACGGCGUGAUCACGGUCAGCGAGGACAGAACCAUUCGAGUUUGGCUGAAAAGAGACAGCGGUCAGUACUGGCCAAGCAUCUACCACACAGUCUCCUCUCCGUGCUCAUGCAUGUCGUACCACCAUGACAGCAGACGCAUCUUCAUCGGCCAGGACAACGGAGCUGUUGUGGAGUUUCUUAUCUCUGAAGAUUUCAACAAGAUGAGCCACGUCAAGACAUAUCCAGCUCACCAGAACCGCGUGUCAGACAUGGUGUUCUCCCUGGAGAGUGAGUGGGUGGUGAGCACCGGACAUGACAAGAGUGUGAGCUGGAUGUGCACCCAGAGUGGCAGCAUGCUGGGGAGACACUACUUCACGGCCUGGGCCUCCUGCCUACAAUACGAUCACGAGACGCAGCAUGCCUUUGUUGGCGAUUACUCGGGGCAGAUCACGCUGCUGAAACUGGAGAAGCAGACGUACUCCACCAUCACUACGCUGAAGGGUCACGAAGGUAGCAUAGCGACCCUGUGGUGGGACCCCGUCCAGAGGCUGCUGUUCUCGGGGGCCGCCGACCACAGCGUCAUCAUGUGGGACAUCGGGGGCCGCAAAGGACGGACGUUGCUGCUGCAGGGACACCACGAGCGCGUUCAGGCCGUUCGUUAUCUCCAGCUGACGAGGCAGUUGGUGUCGUGCUCAGCCGACGGAGGCAUGGCGGUGUGGAACAUGGACACGCAGAGAGAAGAGGCGCCGCAGUGGUUAGACAGCGACUCUUGUCAGAAGUGCGAGCAGCCGUUCUUCUGGAACAUCAAGCAGAUGUGGGACAAUAAGACCCUGGGGCUCAGACAGCACCACUGCAGGAAGUGCGGCAUGGCUGUAUGUGGGAAAUGUAGUUCUAAACGCACCACAUUCCCAAUCAUGGGCUUCGAGUUCCCGGUGCGAGUGUGUGACGCCUGCUUUGAUACGGUCAAAGAAGAAGAUCGAACAGCUUUGGCCACGUUCCACGAGGGGAAACACAACAUCGCCCACAUGGACAUGGACCCAUCCAGAGGCCUGAUGGUCACCUGUGGAAGCGACCGCAUUGUCAAGAUCUGGGAUGUGACGCAGGUGGUUGGCUGUAGCUUAGCAACAGGCUUCUCUUCGCGCUGAUUGGCCUAACCCUACCCCCCCUCCACCCUUUGCACCCCUCCUCCAUGCUCCGCCCACUCUUCCAAUGUCAUGGAAACCCCUCUGUACAGUAUCAUUCCCCCCCUGCACCCAUCACUCCUGGGAUCUUCAGCUACAGCCAGGCUUGCUCUCGGUGAAUGUGUGUGCGUGUAUGUUUGUGUGUGUUUUGUAUGUGUGUGUCGAUUGCGUAGCCCUCCGCAUUUCUUUGUGCUUCUCAAACAUUUAAUUUCACUACCCGUCAGUCCUACAUGAAAGAGUCUGUGUAUGUGUGUGUGACUAAUGUUUUCGCCUUUUUCGCUCUGAACCCUAAGCACAAUUGUGUGUGUGUGUGUGUGUAUGUGUGCAUGCAUCGUAAUGAUUUCUCCUAUGGGAGGAAUGGUAUUGAUAUUAGUGUUUACAUUAUAUUAAUAUUUCCGAUGCUUCUUUUGACAAAGGUUUUUUUUAUUACCUUUGCGCUGUAAAGUUCACUAAAUCGCCAACCUGGCUGUCCUGUAAAAAAACAUACACUAGCUUGGGUAUUACUGUGGCCCACUAACUGCUUAUUAAUCAGUCACUGUAACAUGUAAACAAAAAUAAUAAUAUUCCUCAAUCAUCUGUAUAUACCCCUGCAUCAUAUGUGCAGUAGAUAGCUGCUUGAAAUGACCCUCACUGAUCCAAGUGAUCAGCUUUUUCUGUCUCUUUCAGUUGUUUUUCUUUCACUAGUUGGCCUUAAAUCACUCUCAGGAGGUUUUACAUCAGUAGGUUUGUCACUGGACGGGGUUUCUGUCAUGUGGGUUGUCACCAUUAUUCAUGUGUAAUCAGUCAAAGCAGGGUAAGUAAAUCAAUGGAACGGCCUCUUUCUCGACAUAUGAAGUAAAUGUCUUGAUCCACUUAAAGAUGUUUUGCAUGACAUCACUGGGAAAAUCAAAAUACACCCGGUAGCAUCAAACACCCUGUCGCAGCCAUCCUGAGGUGUAUUUCAUAAAUGCGAUUAUUUCAGUCUAAAAACUAAAAAAGGUGCACUCACUAUAGCACCUCCGUGAAGACACUAAUUGGCUGAAAGGCGUCAUAAAACAAACUUCAUUCAAACUAAAAAACAAGCAGCUAUGUAUGCAGAUAAAUGGCUCGAGUCGUCGUAUAAGUUAUUGCCCACAAUCUCGCCUAAAACAAAAUUAAGUGAGUGGCGGUGAUGUACUUAGCAGUGUCAUCGCUAGCAACCCCUACCGACUGGUGGUUGGUGUGAGUGAGUUGCAGAAUUAAGCAGAUAAUGAAAGGUGUUUUGAGAGAAAGUAGGAAUUGCCACAACUACAAGAGGUCCUUGAGAAUGCAGGCAUAACUGGCCACCCAAAAUAUUAUGAAUUUUUCUGCAGCAGAACGCAAGAUUAGUCGUGGACGGACACAGAUGAGCACACUCACUCACGGACACACAUGCAUGCACGUUUCUCCUGGCUGAGACAACAAUAGCAUCAUUGCCUCCCCUAGAUAUUUAUCAUUCUUCUUUUAAACCCAAGAUUCUGAUGCCUCAUGAAAAUACCUUUUCAUCUGUAAUUUAUAAAAGAAUCUAUAAAUAUUGCCAAAUUUUUUUAUGCCGUAAAAUUGGAGAAAGGCACUUAAAAGAUACUCCAAACUACAAGUAGCACUAAAUUCUGGCAUGUUGAAUCAGAAUGGGGCUGCUGCUCGUGUUCCUUCAAAAGCCUUAAAGAGAUGAGGACACACUCACAAAGCCUUUUUAGUGGUUAAUCAGUGCUUACGACUGUUCACUCAAGCACUCACCUUGUUUUAAAAGCUGAAACUGUUUUUCUUUUUCACCCCCCCCCCCCCAUAACAUUUGUGUAUGAAGGAUGUCUCAUUACGCUUUCACCACUGCACUGAAUUGCACAACUCGUGGUCUUUUUCGAAUUAAACAAAACAUUUUUUGUAAGUUCAGAUUUGGGAGUUUUUUUUUUUUUUUUUUUUUCUAGCUGGAUUCGAUGUAGCGUCCUUGUAAAUAACAGCUAGCGUCUCUUAAUGUUAGACUUAACGCUUGCCUUAUUGUAAGUGGAGAAAAAAAUUAGCGUCAUAAUGUUGGAAUUGCUGAUUUCUAAAUGUAGUCACAUUCCAGGUUUCUGAUCAUGUAGUGUAUAUUUAUAUUUGUAGUAAAGUAUUUAUGUAUUAUCAUUGGUUGUUCACUUUUCUUGCUCCACAAUGUUUACAUGUCAAACAUUAAUACUUGGGGUUAGACUGAAGGGCUGAUGCUUAUUCUAUCUGUCAGUAGCUAGUAUUUUGCAUUAAUGUUCAUUAUUUUAGUUUUUUUUUUUACCAUUUCUGUCCUUCUGUCGUUCCCCUCCAAAAACUAUUUUGGUAAAAGUGGAACACGUCUGUAUUCUAGAAGAUUUGGGAUAAACAUUCUUUGAAUUGUUCUUCAAAAUUAUCAUAAAAAGUAACAAAAUAUACUAUUAAAGCGCUAUGAAUUGAUCGAUAAUUUCUGUGUAAUCAAGCAGUUCCCUUUUUAGACCACAUGGGGUAACAUUAGCACCAAAACAAUUAGCUAAGAAACAAAGCUAAAAUGCUCCGAAGAGCUACGUAGAACUCUAAAGUUAAUUAUCUACAGGUCGAUCACGAAAAACAACACAUUUCAUGUUAUUUCAUUAAGUUAUUUUAUCCAAUUCUACUACAAAAAAAUAUUGAUUUGUGUAAUUUUAAAUAUUUGGCAAGAGUAAAUAAAAUGUCCACAAUGUUAAAGCUCUAACAAUAGAUGUUUUUUUGGGGUGUUGUUCCUGUAAAUUCUCUUAAAAAGUCUUUAGCUGCGAAAUCACUAUGCUAGCCGCUAUCUUUGUCUACCCGCUAGUGCUAACCAGGUAGCGUACAGCGGGUUUCUCAGAGUGCUUAUUUGCUGAAACACUCUGCAUACUAUAAUAAAGGUUGAGUGCAGUGGAGUUUGCAAUUUGGAAAAAAACUAAACAAUGAGCUAAAAGAAGCUAGAAAAAAGUUUGUAGAGCUGCAUUCAUGUUUUUGGCCACUUGGUGGCAGCAGAACAACGGUAAACAAACAGUAACAUAUUGUCAAAACAACAUGCUAGCAAACAGAUAUAACUUACAAAUGUUUUCAAGACUCUUAAUGUAGCUGAACCGCUUUCAUAAUAGAAACACGUUAACCGUUUUUGUCAAACAUCAAUAUUGGUGAGCUGAUCUCAGUCCAACCCUAAGUAUCAUAUAGAGUCAUGUCAUAAAGCGUCAUCUGGGAUCUACAGGGUUAUCAACGAUGCUACCGAACAAUCAGGAUUUAAAGCUCUACUUUCCAUUUUAACUGGACCAGCUUCUUCCAGUCAUUACUGUUUUGUUUUUUUAUCAUGUCCUUGUAACUGAUUUCUUUUAGGCUUAACUUUACACAGUAGUUGAAAAAGACGUUAAAGUUCUGAUGGAUUGCAGGAUUAGUUGUUUUCAGAAGCAGAAGAGGCAGGUUGUAAAUUGUUUAUUUCCUUUUUUCUAAAAGACGUAGCAGUUAUAGGAGUCAUUUUUGCUUUCAAACACUAACACACGAACCUUCAUAUUGAUGAAGAAUCUUUCAAAGACCACUCAUAUUUUUCACUCCGGUCCAGAAAUCUCAAACUCUGUAAAUUGAUUUCCAUUUGUUGUUUUUGACUUCAGAUGCUUGUAAAAAUACACAUGCGGUUUGUUUAAUGCAUCUCUCCAAAAUAACUGUAUUUUUUAAAUACUUUUGUUGACAAUACAGUACUGACUUAAGUCUCUCUGGACCCUCGAAACAGGACACAGAGAGGAAAGAAUUGAUGCUUAAUAAAGAUAUUCUGA